AACCAUCAUAUAUUGCACAAAAUCACAAACAGAAAAUGUUGCCUCUAUGUUCAUAUUUGACUAUUGUACUAACAGCAAUUUUAUUUUCAUUUACAUCUUCUGCAAUUGAUACUAGCACUCAUGAAGAUAAUUUUCUUCAAUGUCUCUAUACUUAUUCACAUAACUCCACUUCAAUCUCUAAACUUGUUUACACCAAAAACAAUUCAUCUUACUCAUCAAUACUCCAAUUUACCAUUCAAAAUCUCAGAUUUGCAUCCAACACAAUACCAAAACCCCUUGUAAUCAUCACACCUAAAGAAAUUUCUCAUAUUCAAACAACCAUAACAUGUUCACAAAACCAUGGCCUGCAGGUUCGAAUUCGAAGUGGUGGCCACGACUUCGAGGGUCGUUCCUAUGUCUCCGAUGUUCCUUUUGUCAUCCUUGAUCUCACAAACUUCAGAGAAAUUGAAUUAGAUGUAGAGAAAAAAACAGCUUGGGUUCAAUCUGGUGUAACACUUGGUGAACUUUACUACAAAAUUAGUCGAAAAAGCCGAAAUCUUGGUUUUUCUGCAGGUGUUUGUCCUACUAUAGGUGUUGGUGGACACAUCAGUGGCGGAGGCUAUGGAAACAUGGUGCGUAAAUUCGGUCUUGCAGCUGAUAAUGUAAUUGAUGCUCACAUAAUUGAUGUGAAGGGUAGGUUUCUUGAUAGACAAGCAAUGGGUGAGGAUUUGUUUUGGGCUAUUAGAGGUGGUGGAGGAGCAAGUUUUGGUGUCAUAGUUUCAUGGAAGAUAAAACUUGUUCAUGUUCCAUCAAUUGUGACAGUGUUUACUCUUCCAAAAACAUUGGAACAAAAUGCAACCAAGCUUAUUCAUAAGUGGCAAUAUGUGGCAAGUAAAAUUGAUGAAAACAUAGUCAUCAAUGUUAUCUUGCAAAGAGCAAAUUCAAGUAAAAAAGGCGAGUCGAAGAAAAAUUCAACAGUACUAGCUUUAUUUCAAACCUUGUUUCUUGGAGGUGUAGAUAAACUCAUUCCCUUGAUGCAACAAAACUUUCCUGAACUUGGUUUGGUUAAAGAAGAUUGUACUCAGAUGAGUUGGAUAGAAUCAGUUGUUUACCUUUAUGGAUUUCCGAAAGGCGAAUCGCCUGAAGCGUUGCUCAAUAGAACACUAGCUGGAAAAGAUAUCUACAAAGUAAAAUCCGAUUUUGUGAAAAUUCCCAUUCCUGAGAUUGGAUUUGAAGGAAUAUGGCCUAUGUUUGAUGAAGAUGGUGGCAAAGAUGCAAUGAUGUAUCUUUUUCCUUAUGGUGGCAUUAUGGAUAAUAUUUCUGAGUCUGAAAUUCCAUUUCCACAUAGAUAUGGAAAUUUAUACCAAACUCAUUACUCGGUUCAUUGGCAUCAAGAAAAUGAUGAGGUGGAAAAAGUGAAAUUGAAUUGGAUUAGAAAACUUUAUAGUUAUAUGGAACCUUUUGUUUCAAUGUCUCCAAGAACUGCAUAUAUUAAUUAUAGAGACCUUGAUAUUGGGGUUAAUAAUAAGAAUGGUUACACAAGUUAUAAGAAAGCUAGUGUUUGGGGUGUUAAGUACUUCAAAAACAAUUUCAAAAGAUUGGCAAAAGUGAAGAGUAUAGUUGAUCCUCUAAACUUCUUCAGAAAUGAACAGAGUGUACCUUCUCUUGUCUCCAAAGGAGGCAUAUAGUUAGUUUUGUUAUUUCUAAGAUUAGCAGCUAAGGUCAUAAUAAAACACAAGUUGUUUUAUUAUUUCUAUUUCAUUUCAUAUGCAUGUUUUUUUUUUUUUUUUUAAAUAAAAAUUUAGAGGAGUUGAGUCUUGGGUGCUCAAAGAAUGUUCUGCGGCAAAAUUUGAUCGUAAGUUUUUUUGAGAUAUAAGCUAAAUAUUUUUCAA